UCCAACAAAGUUCCCGUCGUGCAGCCGUCCCACGGAGUCCACCCGCUCACCCCGCUCAUCCCGUACAGCAACGACCAUUUCAGCCACGGCUCCCACUCGCCCCACUUGCCCGCCGACAUCAACCAGAAACAAGGAGUGCACCGUCCGUCCCAGACCUCAGACAUCCCCGGUUUCUACCCUCUCCCUCCCGGCGGAGUCGGACAGAUCACGCCGUCGAUGGGAUGGUUCACUCACCCGCUGAUGCUGGGCUCCGGCAUGCACACCACCGGCAUCCCGCACCCCGCCAUCGUGCCCCACUCCGGCAAGCAAGAGAUGGAGCACUAUGACCGAAACAUGAAACCUCAGCCAGAACCAAAGAGAGAGAAGGAAGCCAAGAAGCCCACUAUCAAGAAGCCCCUGAACGCUUUCAUGUUGUAUAUGAAAGAAAUGCGGGCGAAAGUCAUUGCCGAAUGCACCCUGAAGGAGAGCGCGGCUAUCAACCAGAUCUUGGGAAGGAGGUGGCACGCGCUGUCCCGGGAGGAGCAGGCCAAGUACGGCAUGGGGAAAAAGAAGAGACGAACACGGGAAAAGCAGCAAGAUUCCAACUCAGAUCCUGCCUCUCCUAAGAAAUGCAGAGCUCGCUUUGGCCUCAACCAACAAACGGACUGGUGCGGCCCGUGCAGGUUUCUUUUACAGCAAUUUCAACUCUUCUUGAAAUACCUAUUUGAAUUCCUGAAAUCAGUUUGA